AUGAUUCAGAUGAAUGAUGAUAAUGUGCGAAGUGAUGAAAGUAGUGAAAGUGAUGAAAGCGACCAAGAAAAUGAAAUUAAUGAAAUGGAUAAUAGUUCUAACAAACCUGAAGAAGAAAGUACAAAAGAUAAAAUUAAAAAACUACCAAAGUGUGAAAGCUGUACUAGUUCGGAUGGUCCAACCAAACGCAAAGGACGGAGAUUAUUCGUCAAAGGCAAAAAGGCUAAAAACCUUCACAAAUUCUCUAGAGGAUA